GGUUUAGUAGACAAAAGGCUAUCAUGCCACCUUCUUCUAAUUCAAGCAAAACGGAUUUCCGAAGUGCUAAUAAUAGUUUGGAGAAAAGUCCAGCCUUUCGUAUCGGAUUUACCUCUCUUCCGAGCCGUGAAGUAAAUAUGGAAGAGGGCAGGGUAAUUAUAAAUCUCUGGUCAGUUAAUAUAUUUAUUAGUCAUUGUCUUUUAUAUUUCGUUGUUUAA